CUGUUUCCAGUCACGUGAUCUGUCUGAUUGUUUGGGGGCGCGCGUCUUUCUUAUUUGGCGGUUAUUGUCGUUUGAGGACGGAACCGGCGACUUUCAGAAGACACAAAAAGAACUGGAGAAGAUGAGCGACUUUCACCGCAGUGGACAGAACUACAGCAGCGGCCCGUCUAGGUGGUCCCACUGCAGGAAGAGGGGGAACGAUGGCAGCCUGAGGACACACGGAGGAGGUGAUGAUGAGUGGGGAGCACACAGACCCUCUGACAGCAGGCACUCCAGUUUCACCACUCCAGAGAGCGCGGGUCCAGUUUCACGUUGUGGACAAUCUGAUUGGGGCAGCCAGGUGGAGGAGGAUGAUAUGAGGAGGGACGUCCACAGAGACAUGCAGCGUUACAGGAGGAGGAUCCUGGGCUCAGAUGCCACACAGAGAGAGAGGAGGACCUCCUCCGGAUCAUCUGGGAGCUGUGACUCCAGAGAAGGAGAAAACAUGGAGACGGAUGAAGCUGUGCUGCUGCGCCGACAAAAACAGAUUAACUACGGAAAGAACACCCUGGCCUACGACCGAUAUAUCCAGGAAGUUCCUAGACACAUGCGUCAGCCUGGUAUUCACCCCAAGACUCCUAACAAGUUCAGGAAAUACAGCCGGCGCUCCUGGGACCAACAGAUCAAACUGUGGAAGGUCCGGCUGCACGCCUGGGACCCCCCAGCUGAUGAUUGCAACGGAAAGUCCACCAAUGAUGAUACUCUGGAGGAGCUGGAGCUGGGAGAUGUCAUGGAUAUCGAGCUGGACUUCCCCACCUUGGAAAACUCCCAGGAUGCCUCUAGUUCUCUGAACACGCUCAGUUUCCCAGCAGAGGACCAGGACUGCGUCGGAACUCCGGUCAAAGUCCAGAGGACGGAGAGCCGAGCGGAUCCUGACAUGAUGGUGAAGAAACCACCUGCUGAACCGUUCAUCUGCUGACCCAAACGGUCCAUGACAGGAUGGACUGCAGCUCAAAUUCUCCAGUUCUUCUCUGGUUCUGGGUCAGACCCUCACACCAUCAUCGGCUCAGGGAGUCUUCCUCACAGCAGCGGUUUUAAUCAAACUUUGUUCGGGAUCUGCUGCUCUGGUCUUUGUUCAUGUCUGUUAGGUCUAAAUGUGAAAUGACAUUUCUGUGGUUCUGACCCAGUUACAUCCAGACGUUAUUGUGGAGGAAGUCAGGUUUUAAUGAUCUGCAGAUACUUUUGAAGAGUUUUCCUUCAUCAGCUGUGAGAUCUUUUUUUUAUCUUUCUUUAUGUUGAAGACUUUCAAAUAAAAUAUUACAAAACA